AUGGACUCCGACGACGAGAUGAACAGCGUGGUCAGCAGCGAGGACGACUUCAUGGCGGGGCCGGAUAGUGAGGACAGUAUGGGAGAGGGCUCAGACCUCGACUUCGAAGAUGACGAGCCAGACAUUGGCUUCGACACGCACGAGAAGGACGUCAAGCCCGCCAAGCAUGCCUACGAAGUCGACUUCAAGGUCUUCGGCCCCGACGAGAUACAAUCGCACCAGGAUCGGCAGAUCGAGGAGGUCUCGAACAUUCUGGGCCAGCCGCCCGAAGCUUCGGCGAUCCUCCUACGGCACACAAGAUGGAACAAGGAGAGGCUGAUAGAGCAGUACAUGGACAAGCGGGAUGAGGUGCUGGAAGGCGCGGGGCUAGGAGACGACGUCGCGGGCUCGCCACGGAUAGCGAAGGUGCCGGGGUUCACGUGCGAUAUCUGUUGCGAGGAGGGGCCGGAUAUGGAGACGUUUGCGAUGAAGUGCGAGCACAGGUUCUGCGUGGACUGUUAUAAGCAGUACCUGUGCGGCAAGAUUAAAGAAGAGGGCGAGGCGGCGAGGAUCAAGUGUCCGGGCGAUGGGUGCAACAGGAUAGUGGACUCCAAAUCGUUGGAUCUGCUUGUCACAACGGACCUGAAGGAAAGAUACCAAGAGCUCCUUACUCGCACAUACGUCGAUGACAGAGAGAAUCUCAAAUGGUGUCCGGCCCCAAACUGCAUCUACGCCGUUGAAUGCCCAGUCAAAAAGCGCGACCUAAGCAAGAUCGUCCCGACCGUCCACUGCAGUUGCAAGCACAGCUUCUGCUUCGGCUGCUCCCUCCCCGACCACCAGCCCGCGCCCUGCGCGCUCGUCAAGAAAUGGCUCAAGAAGUGCGAAGACGACUCCGAAACCGCCAACUGGAUCUCAGCCAACACAAAAGAGUGUCCAAAAUGCCACUCGACGAUUGAGAAGAACGGCGGCUGCAACCACAUGACAUGCCGUAAAUGCCGGCACGAGUUCUGCUGGAUGUGCAUGGGCGUGUGGUCCGAGCACGGCACGAGCUGGUACAACUGCAACCGCUUCGAGGAGAAGAGCGGGUCGGACGCGCGGGAUGCGCAGGCCAAGUCGAGACAGAGCCUCGAGCGGUAUCUCCAUUACUACAACCGCUACGCGAACCAUGAGCAGAGCGCCAAGCUCGACAAGGAUAUCUACCUCAAGUCCGAGAAGAAGAUGACGCAGCUGCAGAGCUCGUCCGGCAUGUCGUGGAUCGAGGUCCAGUUCCUGGACUCGGCGAGCCAGGCGCUGCAGCAGUGUCGGCAGACGCUCAAGUGGACGUAUGCGUUUGCGUACUAUCUGGCCCGUAACAACUUGACGGAAAUCUUUGAGGAUAACCAGAAGGACCUUGAGAUGGCGGUCGAGAAUCUGAGCGAGAUGUUCGAGAAGCCGGUUGAUCAGCUGCAGAGCUUGAAGCGUGAGAUCAUGGAUAAGACGACAUAUUGCACGAAGAGGAGGGUUAUCUUACUGGAUGAUACUGCGGAGAAUUUGAAGCAGGGCAACUGGGAGUUCAACGUAGCUCUUACAUGA